AUGCGCCGGACAAUGCGGAUGACCAACAGCGCCGAUCGCUACGGGGCCGUUGCGCAGAUCCUGCACUGGGUGACGGUGGCCCUCUUCAUUGCGAUCUUCGCGCUGGCCUGGAUCCAGGACGGUAUGACGCUCUCGCCGGAGAAGGUGCAGAUCAUCAACCUGCACAAGUCGGUGGGCGUGACCAUCCUGGCGCUGGCGGUGCUGCGGCUGGCCUGGCGCUGGUACUCGCCGCCGCCGAGCCUGCCGGAAGGCAUGGCGGGCUGGGAGCGCCGCGCCGCCCAUGCCAGCCAUGUCGCGCUCUAUGUCGUGCUGCUGGCCCAGCCGCUCAUCGGCAUUCUGCAUUCGGCGGCGGCCAACUUUCCGGUGGUGGUCUUCGGCCUCUUCACCCUGCCCGCGCUGAUCGGCCCCAGCGAGGAGGUGAAGCAGGUGCUGGAAAGCGCCCACCACCUGCUGGCCCGGGUGAUCCUGGCGCUGCUGGCCAUCCACAUCCUGGCCGCCCUGCGCCACCACUUCGUGGUGAAGGACGACGUGCUGACCCGCAUGCUGCGGGUCCUGCCGGCCCUUGCACCCGCCCUGGCCGCAGCCUGCGCGCUCUGGAGCGCUGCAGCGGUGGCCAACGAUGUCCCGCUCUGGACAGUCGGGGAGGACAGCCGCGUCGGCUUCGUCGCCACCCAGUCCGGCGCGCCCGUGGAAGGCGCCUUCGAGGCCUUCACCGCGGAGAUCGCCUUCGACCCCGACAACCUGGCCGCCAGCCGGGUCGCCGUUGUCAUCGACAUCGCCAGCGUCAACAGCGAAAGCAAGGACCGCGACGACACCAUCCGCUCCGCCGCGCUCUUCGAUGUGGCCCAGUGGCCCGAGGCGCGCUUCAUGGCCGAAGGCUUCACCGCGCUCGGCGGCGACCGCUUCGAGGCGGCGGGCAAUCUCACCAUGCGCGAUGUCACCCUGCCGGUGGUGCUGCCGUUCACCCUCACCAUUACCGAAGAAGCCGGCGUUCGGCGCGCCCGGGCCAGCGGCGAACUGGAGGUCAGCCGUCUGGACUACGGCGUCGGCCAGGGCCUCUGGGCCGACACCUCGGUGGUGGGGGAGGCGGUGGUCAUCCGCAUCGACAUCGCGGCCAGCCGGGCCGGGUCAUAG